AUGGACAAAUCCGACCCUCAAACACCCACUGAGAAGGGAUCCGGCCAUUGCGCGGCAAAUGACGCUCCCAGUCCAUUUCUUACACCUAGCGAAUCUUCCUUUUGUAUAAAUAGCUUCCGAGAACUGUCAACAACAUGGAAACCGUUGGUAGAGUGCGCAGGAUCUUCUGAUGUCCCUGGCAAAUCAACAAUUUUCGUACCGGAUCCAUCUCCGACCAAGACACUGCUUGAUAGUGAUGGUGACACUCCAAGAUCCGAAACUCUCCGUGGGUCACUUUCGAGAAGAAGGCGGCAUGGUGAAUAUCAUCACCGCCCUCCUGUCUGGAACAUACGACCUCUUGUUGAGGGUAGCCAUGUCAGACAUGAUGAGGCCUAUUCUGAUCAUGCUGAUUCCAAUCCUGGACCGACUUGGGACGACGGCUUUUCAUCUGGUUCGCACGCACAGCCCGAUGGGGUGCGGCCUAGAGCUAUUGGCGAGCCGAACAUGCUUCCGGCCUCUGCAAUGUGUGAUAACAUGUUCCCUCCGCUUGAAGAGUCUUUUUUCGACGCCGAACUAGAGGCGAUGGCCUCCUCUUGGUCUAACGAGCCUUUAAUAGUGGGCGUGGUUGGGACAGACAGUGAAGACAGCGGGUCAGAUGGCUGCUGGAGCAUCAGAUGGGCGGACGCAACUGAUGUGGUGGUACUAGAUGAACCAUUGGCUUUCACGGAUGGUAGCCCCAGCUCCAGGCGCAGCACUACCCCAAGCCCAAACCCCAGCCUUAUUCCCUUGAGGCACUUCCCGUCGAGGUCCACGCAUCCUCCAAACCGCCCGGCGGAUCCACUUCAAUCCCACCGCCAAGCCGGAUUCACCUCGCCUGCAUCCGAUCGUAGAGUUCUGUAUGGUAGCGACGAAGCCGGGCCUUCACGUCCUGUCGAUAUCAAUGGCCGUUAUUUUGGCAAGAAUGAACCUGUCCAGCGAGAAGAGAAAGAAGCUAGUGCCCACUUUUUAAUCGUAAAAGCUCCUUCACUUUCCCCAGUAAUAGAACAACCACAAGAUGAGAAUUCAACACCCAAGGAACUUGAGGAGACACGUGGUCAUUCUGAAUGUCACGAAAUAUGCCCAGUCCCCUCUACAAGACAACAGCCUCAAUAUGACAACCAGUCACUCAGUCGGCAAGGCGGAAUACCUGGCGAUUCUGACAAUGUCGAGAUUUCAUUACCUAACCAGCAUGCAAAAGAGAGCCGUGGAUGCUAUCAGCUAUCCAGUGAACAACAGGAAGAACAUGGCCAUUUUAAAAAUAUUCAAUCCUCCCCAACUACGUCGCGAUUACACCGGCCCCAAAGUGGUAAAACCCCGUCUAGGGGCCCCACAGGAAGUGCCACAGGAUCAAACCAGCAGCCCACCCCUUUUCUACAAGAAAUCACGAAAAGCAAGUACUUGACGUUUUAUAGAGAUAUCCGCUGUCUUCCUUCAAAGAGAGUAGUUGGAUACCCUUUUGGGGCGAGCAGGAAAAAUGGCUGGGCAAUUCUAACUGGCUCCAGAGUGAUAUGUGUGGGCGACACUCUUGUGGACAUGGCCGACCUGGAUAAUUUUCCCAUAAGGCUAGGAGACGCCUACAUCGUCCUUAGAAUAUACGGCGAUUUUUGGGCUUCGUGUCUGAAGCUGACACUCGAAAAUCAAACCUGGGCUUCUUACCCAAGAUAUGACCGUCACAUGGAUAGGAGAGAAUCUGUCUUCGCUUCAACGGAAGACAAUAUAGGGUUUCUCCCACUCUGCGCCCUUACCCUUGAUGCUAACUUCGGAGACUACCUUGCCCGCCAUCCCAGAACGACCAGAGGAUCCGGCGAUUUGCCAGCAACUGGCCAGAAGGUAGUGGCCCCUAAAAGAACCGUAAGUUUACCGUUGGUAUUUAACCAUGGUCCUGUUGUCGUCCCAAAGGCGAUCCUUCGCCAGGCCAAAUACCAACCCAUGCCACAAGAUAAACCAGCUAUUGAGGAACUUCAUUUUAAGAGCAUCCAUGUUGGGCAUGUGUUUGCAUAUAGACCUUCACAAAUGAUCAAUUGCGAUCCCGAUAUGUCUCCUUUCCGAGAGAGGCGCAAUAUUACCAGGCUCGUGGGCAAGAUCGAGAAGGGAAUGCAUGGCGGACAGAAAUCCAUACGAGAUGUGGGCGAAAGGAUUCAAGAAUCAUCGGCGACAUUUGGCAAAUUUAUUGGUGGGCACAUACGAAGAAAGUUUAGCUACUCCGACCCAAUGCCUUCUGGUAAACGCCGGAGAUUUUUUUCAAACAACCGAACGUCAAAUGAAGGGGAGGCGCAGAAAGUUACGGCAGAUGCUACAAACGCUUCGGAGCAAACCGAAGAUGUAGAUGAAAACACUCGAGAGAGAAGGGCAAGUGUUUCGCAUGCUUCACAAAACACCACAGGGGCCGAAGGGAGUAAGAAGCCCGUUGGACAAUCCCCCCAACAAAUUACAUCCAACAUUCAACCUCUGGGAAGAAUCCGGAUAAGAAGAAUUGUUCCUCCCUUCGAUUAG